AUGGCGGACUCAAUGAGCCCCGAGGCUCGCGAGUUGAGUCUGAUAGGCAAGGUCGAAUUCAGAAUCGCCAUGGCAGAUACUGAUGAGAAGCUUCAGUCGCUUCUUCAAACUUAUCUGCCCCUUUUGUUGCUGAAGCUUUCUUCGGACAGUGUGGCUGUUCGCAACAAAGUUAUCUCGGUUUGCCAGCACUUGCCAGUUGUUGCAUUGUUAAAGCAGUUCAAAGAGCAAAAAUCCCAGCUCAUUCGACAUUUUGAUUUGAUCUAUGCCCAGCAGGGAAUUGACCGCCUUGGCUCGGAUGCCAGGGUCGAGAUUCUGUUGCCUUUGCUGCAGGGUAUCGCCGAGAUUGGAACUUCUGCCACUCAGGGAGCUAUUGUUUUCAACCUUGUCCUGCGCCUAUUGCCCCUUUUCAAGUUACCCUCGAAGGGAAGUGACGAGGAUCAGAAGCUCAAGCAACGCCUGGGCUUGUCCGACGAAGAUGCCCGCUUUUUGGCUUUGUGGUUGGGGAAGCUAUUACUCCUUUCCCCAGCUGCUGGUGAAGCUCAAACAUGCCCGGGAUUGUCUCCAGACGAAUACACCUUUUUGAACAAAGGCGCUCCAGCCACUGAAACAUGGAACCCUUCAUCUUCGGGAGGCCUGAACCUGACAGAGACCAAAGUCGUAGCUCUUCGCUUCCUCGGAAGCGGGGCGUUCUCGGAUUCUCAGCGAUUUUUACCCUCGCUUAUUGCCUCUGCUGAUGCCAACUCUCGUCUUGCUGACCUGGGUGAUGAGACAUUGAAGCGAUUUGCAGUUGAUCUCGAAGAUCCAACUGUCGUGGAACAGUUGUAUGAAUUAUAUUUCGGAGCUGCUGCCGAGGAGCGCCCCCAAAACACCCAGAGAAUCUUCAAGCUCAUCGAAGAUGGUCUUCUUUCGGAUACUGCAAGGUCAGCUCAGGGCCUGCAGGCUUCUAAGCUACGAACGCAAAUAUUCACUUUUACCACCUGGGUUGUCCGUAUGGGCACCCCGUCGGAUCUCAAGCAAAUUGCCCCUAAGCUGGUCGCAGGCUUGAGGGACUUUAUUCAAUCUCAAGGAUGGCCCAGUCCGGGUGCUAGCGGGCAAAGACUGCCUGCCACAGACCUGAGCUUGCGUGGUCUCGCCUAUGAAAGUAUCGGCAUCAUGAUACCCAAGAUCUUCGUCAGUAUCGACCAAGCACUAGGAAGUAUCCUUAACUCUUCCCUGAACAGUCAUGACAAAGAUUUCCAAAACCAGCUGCGUCCAUUCCUGGUUAGUCGGAUGGGCUUACACCCGGGUGAUGUUGACCCAGACACUGGCUUCAACGUUGUUCGUAGUGUACAGUACGCUGCUGUGCGGUUUGCCAACAGAUUUUUGCCCUAUGGCGAUGUGGUGGCUCGUUGGAUCGAUCUGAUGGCCAUUGCAAGCGGCCCAGAGAGACAGCAGGAAAUCGUCGAGGAAGGCAAGAAGGGCCUCCAUCCCUAUUGGUUCCGACUUCUCAAUCCCACCAAAGAUCAGAAAUGGUCUGCUCCAGCAACUCAGGAGCAUGAUGAAACCUGGUUUAGCUUCCCAAGUUUUGCUGAAGCAACCAAAUUUCUGCUUGGCUCAAACAGUCAAGACGAUGUCUCGAUGGAUGGAACUUUGGCUGGGCCUCAGCUUCUGUCGGGUCCGUACAAAACCGCAUUUGUAUCGGCCAUUGCGUUCCUUCGCAACACCCUCCUCUGGGAAGCAUGUUCGGCAGCAGAAAUUCCUACAGAGAUGGAGCAAGACUGGGACUACAAACUCGAAGUACUCCUCUCAACCAGUGAAGAGGCGCGGACAGCUGUAAGACAGUAUAUCCGUAACUCUGCCAAGGAACCCGUUUUCAUCUUCUUGUCUGGUAUCCUGGAGGGGCUCGUCAAGGAAACCCCUACAGGCUUGCACCACUGCGGUGUUCACUUUAUGGAGAUCUGUUCAUUGGCUCCUAAUGACGUGAUCGAGAAAUUGCUCCCACGAGCUCAAGCUUUGACUCGGCCAAUCUUCAGUAACAACCAAGAGAUACAGGGACUAGCUGCGCGGGCGUUCGGAGUUCUCGUCUCCCAUCCGAUAUUUGCAGAUGACCAAUUGAGGAGCUUUGCGACCCAACUGGCCGGUAACAUCGAGUCAUGGAACACUGCUAUCGGUGAGGCGUCUCUUCGGGUCCGCGGAGCGAUCUUAGCGCUCUCCUACCUGCUGAGCAGACUUGCAUAUCGAGGUCUGGUCAGCAAGGUUCCGGAAGCUCAGGUCAAACAUUUCAUUGAGACGGUUUUGGACAUCACGGAUGCAUCUCGAGACAACCUUCUUGUGCGAACUGCAGAGGUGGCCCUUGGGCAGCUCAGUCUAUCUGGCAUUCUGUCUCUCGAUACACUCCUCGAAGAUGGCUGGAAGAAGAUUCAGAAGAAACUGUUGAGCGACGCCAAGUCUGGAAACGACGUCUCUAUCGCAUCUUUCGGUCUACUGACAUUGACUUUCUCGCGGGCUGAUCCGAAGGCUUCUUUAUUCACCGAUUUCCUGGACUCGCUUUAUGCUUUGCAUGAAAUCAAGAGCCCUGAAGUUCAGUUCACUGUAGGCGAAGCGAUCAGCAAUGUUGCUGUCGGAUGGGACUCUCGAGCUUUGAUUCAAGACUUUGACGUUGACGCCGACUUUCCCCGGUCGGAUGUGUCCCGCGUGGUGUUCGCAGCAAUAUGCGACAAGAUCAUCGCUGACUGCGUUGCGCCCAAGCCAUCUCUUCGAAAAGCCUCCGCAAUCUGGCUGUUAUCUCUUGUGAAGAAUUGUGGACACCUGCAGGAAAUGCAGGAGCGCCUGCGCAAGUGUCAAGCCACAUUCUCUACCCUUCUUGGUAAUCGGGAUGAGGUGGUGCAGGAGACGGGUGCCCAUGGUCUCAGUCUGGUCUAUGAGAUUGGUGAUCAAGCUCUCAAGGACAAUUUGGUGCGUGACCUCGUGGACUCAUUCACAGCCACCGGGGCCAAUCUCGGGGGUGGUAAUGUCAAUGAAGAUACCCAAUUGUUUGAGCCCGGUGCUCUGCCUACGGGUGGAGGGGAGUCCGUCAAUACGUACAAAGAUAUUAUGAACCUGGCUGCCGAGGCCGGCGAUCCCACCCUUGUCUAUCGAUUUAUGUCCUUGGCCUCCAACAAUGCCCUCUGGAGCAACCGGGCGGCCUUUGGCCGAUUUGGCAUCAGUACUAUCUUCUCCGAUUCCAGUGUGGAUGGCUAUCUGGCUCAGAAUCCCAAGAUUUACCCCAAGCUCUUCCGCUACCGCUUUGAUCCCAACCCGAAUGUGCAGCGUUCUAUGAAUACCAUCUGGCAGGCACUCGUGAGGGAUCCUAAUAUGGUGGUGGACACGCACUUUGACCAGAUCAUGGAAGAUUUACUCAAAAAUAUGCUCGCCGGACGCGAAUGGCGUAUGCGACAGGCAAGCUGUGCCGCUGUGGCGGAUCUCGUCCAGGGUCGCCGGCCGGAGAAGUACGCGCCCUAUUUGGAUGAAAUCUACAGCAAGGCGUUCAAGCUUUUGGAUGAUAUUAAAGAGUCUGUGCGGGCGGCAGCCCUCAAGCUUUGUCAAACGGUUACAAACUCCGUGAUUCGGACGCUGGAGACCAGUGGAACUGAGCAGCGCGCCACUGCCCUGCUCGGGAGCGCCGUUCCCUUCCUCUUGGGGGAGCAGGGUCUGGAUUCGAGUGUGGAGGAGGUACGCGGAUACGCGAUUGGUGCGCUCGUUCAGAUCAUCAAGAAGAGCCCCGAAGUUCCUGAGUUCGCUCAGCUCCUUGAGCCGCAGGCUGUCAACUACGUGCACCUCAAUGCGGACAAGUACGGUCUUACUGGCCAGGAGAUAGACAAGAUGCGUCUAUCGAGUAUCCGCACGUCCCCCAUGAUGGAGGUGAUUGAGCGAUAUUUGAUCGAUCAUCUAGAUGAGACCAAUCUCGAGGAGCUGGCGCGCAAAUUGGAGGAGGUGCUCCGGUCGGCCGUGGGUCUCCCUUCCAAGGUAGGCUGCAGCCGAGUCCUGGUGCUCCUCAGUAUGAAAACUCUCCUGUUUCGGCCGUAUGCGGACCGAUUCAUUCAGCUGCUCUGCAAAUACGUGGUAGACCGCAACGAGACCGUCAGUGCAUCGUAUUGCACGUCGAUGGGGUAUCUCAUGCGACUAGCGUCGGACGAUCGGGUUUUGAAAACGAUCGAUUUCGCCAAGAGCCUCUAUCUAAACUCCGAAGAUAGCUCCACUAGGUCAGUCUCGGGUGAAAUCCUGUACGCAUCCAGUAAGCUUUCCAACGACCGGUUUAUGGCCUUUGCCACCGCGGCCCUGCCCUUUGUGUUCGUCGCGAAGCAUGAUGGGGACGACCACGUGAAAGAAGAGUUUGAAAAAACGUGGCAGGAUAAUGUGGGUGGCAACCGGAGUGUGACGCUUUACAUCCGGGAGAUCGUGGGGCUCGUGUCCGACAAUCUGGACUCGGCUCGGUGGGCCAUCAAGCAUACGGCCGCCCGCGCGAUAGCUCAGGCGGUGGUGUCACUUGAAACCGAUAUCGACCUCCCCACGGCCCAAUUGGUCUGGCCGGUCUUGGACAAGGCGCUAUCUGGCAAGACGUGGGAGGGGAAGGAAGUGGUGCUGACGGCGCUGGUCAAGUUCGCGCGCUCCGCUUCAGCGUUGUGGACGGCGCGACCAGACUUGAAUGAGUUGAUGAAGACCAUAGCCGUGCGCGAAGCGAAGCGGACUAACGCAUUGUAUCGGCCCCAUGGACUACGGGCUCUGGGGCAAAUUGCCUUGGCAUGUCAGGUGAACUUCAUGCCUGAUGCGCUACGAAUCGUCCCACCUGUGUUCGACGAAACCAUCGAGGAUGACGAGGGCAACGGGAUGGAAGUCGACUCUGGAAAUGGGCGAGACUCGAGUGACACCCUUGCCGCCGGUGUGCAGUGUCUCCUGCAGUGUCUGAACCCCGCUACGGCCGAUUCGGAUGUGUUGGGAAAAUACAUACGACAGGUGAUCGAUCCGUUAGAUCAAGCCUUGACCCACGGAGGCAGACAGGUCGUUCACACAGUCUACGAUGAGCUCCAAGCGUUUAUUGCCCGGGUGGAUGCGUGGGACCAGUGGUCCGAACCCGGUGAACAGGUCCUGGCGGCGCCGAUGGCGGACCUGGCGCAGCUGCUAACUCGAGAACGCAAUAAUGUCGAGACGGUUCGCAAGGGACGCGCCGAGGCGAUCCUGGCGUUCCUGAAGUUGCGAGCCAGUGUCCGAACGGUGCCCGACAAGAUGGGGAAAGUGUGCGUGUGUGGAGAGCUGGAGAGCGUAGUCUGGUGGUACAACGCAUCCUCGACCAGGCGCUGGAGCUAA